AUGUUUUAUUCAGAGGCCAUUCUCGCCCGUCGCGGUCCUCUUGCCAAAGUAUGGCUCGCUGCUCACAUGGAGCGCAAGCUUUCCAAGAGCCAAACACUACAGACAGACAUUGAGCAGUCAGUUGACGCAAUUAUGGCCCAAGAAAUCGAAAAGAUGGCUAUCAGACUCAGCGGCCAACUUCUUUUGGGCGUGGUGAGAAUAUACAGCCGCAAAGCCAAAUAUCUGUUGGACGAUUGCAAUGAAGCAUUGCUCAAGAUCAAGAUGGCAUUUCGUCCAGGGGUUGUUGAUCUUACUGAGGACCAACUCACGGUUAACAAGACCGCCAUAACUCUACAAACAAACGGUCUAGGGCUCGAUUUGCUUUUACCUGAUGUUGAUUGGGACAUGGACUUUGAGGAUCGACCGCUUCAACGACAAGGGCACCACCAAGCACAUGUUGACGACAUCACACUCCGCACCGCAGACGACUUUGAGUUUGGAAUGAACGAUCCUUUCGAUAUAGGGCCAUCUGAUGGCAUUGGCUCCCAAGAUUUUAACGAUGUCGAUUUGGGGAUUCAUUGGGGAGACGAACAGCAAAAUGACAAAUCAGAUGCUAUGAGCAUUCAAGGAAGUAUCGGUGUCGGACGUGACAUUCAGCAUCAUGAAGAGGAACUCGAUCUAUUUGGAGGAAACGACUUUAAUGCAGAUUUAGACCGCAUGUCCCACAGGAGCAAAAGUAGAGACGUCUCGGUGCAACCGUUUGGUGGUAUGGACAUUGAUCUCCCCGACCUCGAUCUCGGGGACCUUGGGAUCGGAUUCGACGACCCUCCGCCUGCAGAUAUCAAUGGUCGGACUCCUAGUGAAACGAGAUCUCUUUCUCGCGCUUCUUCACCUUUGACCGAGGUCCCUCCAACGCCUCCUCCAUUUGAAGGCUUGGAUGAUGCGGAAAUUGUAGACAACGCCGAAAAUGUCGUCAAUGAAUCCACCACAGACAAACCUAAAAGGAAAAUCAAGGACAAGAGGCAAAUCAUCGAUUCUGUUACGGAAUUGCAGAAUAGUCAGGGUGCAAGUAAUCGUGGUCGUGCGGGAGGAAACACUAACCCUUUGAAUACUGACACGACCAGCAUCACUUCCACCCAUCACUUCUUACCAAGGUCCUCCAUUGUCAUGAGAUUACUGGAGAUCCGUGAUGACCCUGUUUCCUACUUCUUGCCGACUCAUAUCAAGGCUCAAGGCACCUUUUUAUCUGGUGCACCUCCCGGUCUCACUCCAGAGCUAGCAGAUCUAUUCAUUCGGCCUGUAUACAACUCCACACACAAACGCAAAGCGUCACCGCAGGAAAGUCCCAGUAAGAAAGCCCGACGGGAAGAUGUCGAAAUGCCACGUCGUGUCGGGAGCGUUGCGCCUGAAGAGGAAACCAUUCAGAUCGAUAAUUCCGCUCUCGAUAUUGAUGCUGGGUUCGAGUUUGCAGACCAAUCCGGUGCUCCAGAAGAUUAUCAACUCGAUUUCCCGGAAAUCGGUCAAGAGCUUGAUCAAGAGCGCGCCAAGUCUGUGUUUUCCGAAAGAAGUCGUCUUUCUUCUGUCGCACCUGAAGGUCUAGAUGAUAUAAAUCCCACCCAUGUUGAUGUGGACUGCCCCGUUUCGAUAUUUGAUGCAACUCAACCUUCUCAAAGUCAGCUGCCGGAGGCUGAGCAAGAACAGCCCGAGGUUGUGGAAGUGACAGAUAGGCAAGGCUACAGUAAGAACACUGUCAAGGCUUUGGGAUUGAUUAGAAAAGAGUUGCAACCCGAAGAGGAAGAUGAUGCUUCCAAGACCAUGAGUUUCAAGCAAAUGUCCAACAAGGCAUCCAAGCGAGCGGCUGCGUCGUUCUUCUUCGAGUUGUUGGUUCUCGGUACACGAGACUGUGUCAAACUUUCACAGCCCAAGCCGUUUGCGGACAUCACUAUCUCAGCGAAACCUCGACUCUGGGAGCAGAACCAGAACGUCGGCGACUCAGUUCCCGAGUGA